AUGCCCGCGCCAGUUGAUCCGUAUCCGCUCGAGGCUCGGUCGCCCUCCAUGCAAACCGACACGGUCAUCGUCGGCAAUGGGCCGUCGGCCAUGAUCCUGUCCUACAUUCUCCACGGUCAUAUUCCUUUUUACUCCUCCACUCCGCCGCAUCCCGACCCGCUUUUGGACGCCAAGUUGAAACAUGCGACCAAUCUUCUGAACGUCGAUGUGGAAACAUUGACGGCUCACUUUGCGGCCUCCCGCCUUUCAUAUUCCACCCAAGCCCUGCCGGUCAAUGUGCUGCUAGACACCCUUGUGCGUCCCAGUUUGGACAUCGACGAGGCAGGCACCACCUCAAAUAUCGAGUGGCGCUACACACCCGAAAAGGUCAUCCCGCAUCUCGUAUUUGGGAAACCUACCACUCCAGGAGGGCAAUGGACCGAGGACCCUCAUGGUGCAAGCUGGGACAUCCAAACUCUCAGUUAUGCAGCCAUGUUAUCCUUGCCUGGUUACUCUUUCGGGGAUCACCACAAGAAAGUGACCGGCAAGGACCUCCCACCCUUCACCAGGCCGACAAGGCGUGAGAUUGCCGACUAUUUCCGUGCCUACCCUGCUGCGGCUCGCAUCGACGGUGCUUUCCGCUGCGGCGAGGAAAUGAGGGGCAUAUCCCGUACCGCAAAAGGGUUCUAUAUACAGUCCCACGACAUCCAUUGCAAGCGGCUGGUAUUGGCAAGUGGGAUUUUCUCCGAGCUACUUCCGCCUACAUCUUUACUACACCCCUUGCUGCAAACAAACCAAACCCCGGAUGUACCAUACCUUGUGGUCGGUUCAGGCUUCUCUGCUGCAGAUGCCAUCAUUUCCGCUGCCCCUAAUCAGAAAAUUUUACAUGUCUUCAAGUGGUCCCCGGAUGAGCGCCCAUCUCCUCUUCGGGGCUGUCACCAACAGGCAUAUCCGGAGUAUGCUGGGGUUUACCGAUUGAUGAAGAAAUCCACUCUGAAUUCCCAACGACCAAGACUACGUCGCGGCACUCCUACCGCUUUUUUGGAAAGUCGAGACUGGGACAACGUAUAUGAAGGACUUUCCAAUGUUGAAAUUGUCUCCGUUGAUGUUGAAGGUGGCCUGGCCCAGGUUUGUUUCCGUCGUGAGGACGGAUCCACAUUUUCUCGGUCCGUUCGCGGUCUUGUUUAUGCCGCUGGUCGGCGAGGUUCACUGGCCUUUUUGGACUCGGAGCUUCGGUCCGAGGUCCUGGGAUAUCGAAACCCCGACGACUCAACCGUUUCGGCUCAGACACUUCGUGCCAAAGCCAUGGAAGAUAUGGAGGUUGCUCCACAUGUAUACAUUAUUGGAAGCUUGACUGGGGACUCCCUGGUCCGCUUCGCAUACGGUGGCUGUGUCUACACAGCAGGUCAUCUCAUUGGCGAACGAGAGGGCGAGCGAGAGUCGCGCAGUAUAUCUAGUAGCGCUGAGUCAACCAGGCCACACUCCUCAUCACUACCAGUAAUGAAUGGCAUCGACGGCCAUCAGGUCUACCCUGCCGAUGGCUCGAAUCUGACGCGUGAAGAUACCGCGAUCAGUAAGGUGUCUACUGUCCAAACGGCAGCAAAUGCACAGAGCUGGUGGAAGACAGUUGUACAGAUGUUGAAGCAUUUCACGCAAUGA